AUGAAGGGGUAUUUUGGUGAUUUGAAGCGUAUUUGUGAGACAGAUCUUGGUCUUGUUUCCCAGUGCUGUUUGACUAAGCACGUUUUCAGGAUGAGUAAACAGUAUUUAGCUAAUGUGGCGUUGAAGAUAAAUGUGAAGGUUGGUGGGAGGAAUACGGUGCUUGUUGAUGCAAUAUCUAGGCGCAUACCUCUAGUCAGUGACCGACCGACUAUAAUUUUUGGAGCUGAUGUUACCCAUCCUCACCCUGGAGAGGAUUCCAGCCCGUCUAUUGCAGCCGUUGUGGCUUCUCAAGAUUGGCCAGAGGUCACAAAGUAUGCUGGAUUGGUUUGUGCUCAAGCUCAUCGCCAGGAGCUCAUCCAAGAUUUAUAUAAGACAUGGCAGGAUCCUGUAAGAGGGACAGUGUCCGGUGGCAUGAUCAAGGAACUUCUUAUUUCUUUCCGUAGAGCAACUGGGCAGAAGCCACAGCGCAUAAUCUUUUACAGGGAUGGUGUCAGUGAAGGGCAGUUCUAUCAAGUAUUGCUCUAUGAACUAGAUGCUAUUCGUAAGGCAUGUGCUUCCUUGGAACCAAACUAUCAGCCUCCUGUGACUUUCGUUGUGGUUCAGAAACGUCACCACACAAGGUUGUUUGCCAACAACCAUCAUGACCGGAAUGCAGUUGACAAGAGUGGGAAUAUAUUGCCUGGUACUGUUGUGGACUCCAAAAUUUGUCAUCCAACUGAAUUUGACUUUUACCUCUGUAGCCAUGCUGGAAUACAGGGUACAAGCCGUCCAGCUCAUUACCAUGUACUGUGGGAUGAGAACAAAUUUUCUGCUGAUGGACUACAGUCCCUCACAAACAACCUUUGCUACACAUAUGCGAGGUGCACACGUUCUGUUUCCAUUGUUCCACCGGCAUACUAUGCCCAUCUUGCUGCAUUCCGAGCUCGUUUCUACAUGGAACCAGAGACAUCAGAUAGCGGUUCAAUGACAAGUGGCACUGCUGCCGGACGCGGAGGCAUGGGUGGAGGGGCAGCUGCCAGGAGCACUCGAGGACCCGGUCUUAGUGCUGCUGUUAGACCGCUUCCUGCCCUGAAGGAGAAUGUCAAGAGGGUUAUGUUCUACUGUUAGGCCUUUUUAAAAACCUUAAAAAAUAAGUAGACAUCUGCUAUGUUCCGUGGCUGUGAGAGCCGUUUGGAAACUGGUUCUGAAACUCUACUGUUUUGCUUUGUAGCUGUCUGACAUUUGCUACUGGUGUGCCAAAAUGUCCCUAAAUAUUUAACUUCUGGAUACAUUUCCCAUCUGGGUUCCGUAGAAAAACAAAUGCAAGGUUUGGGGCAUUUUUAAAAAUCA